GUCAAUAUCUAAAUCAUUUAGUACAACUUGAUUCAUAACUAACAGAAAUAUUAUAUCCGACCUUGACGCUAUUUGUGAACAGUUUCGUAUUGUAGGUAAAAGUUUACUUGGGACCACACUGGUUAGUUUGGGUAUCAGUCACAUUUCAGCAGUUACAACUAACUACUGUACCACGUACUUCAACGACAAAUUCUGUCCAGUAUCGCAGGUAUCCUGAAUCUACAUUAUGCAAGAACAACUUAUGAAGAUAUGGAACAGAUGCCAGAUUUAAAUGCUGCUAUAAAUUAGGAAACAUUAAAUCAAAUAGCGCUAAAUUUGUGACGCUAAGGUAUCCUAAAACCCAAGAAGACUAUAAUCUCACUGAAUUCCAUAGAUAUCAAACAGGUUCUGAUUUUCCCUCAUCAAAUGACUGACAAUAAUCACCCUGACCAUUCAGAAAGUAUACGAGGAACACCCUGUAAUAAUGAAGAUACCUUCCCAGGCUUUGUUUCACCAUUCAGUAUAUUCUCAGAUCGUCCAUCAACUUCUGCAUUCGCUAAUAUUGGACAAAUUGAACCUACACAUCCUCCGAUAGAACAAAAUCAACGACCAAGAACUUUAGGCGAAACUCUAGGCAUCAGUUUAGAAAUGUUGUCGUCACCAUUUCAUCAAAAUCAAGCACCAUCGUCUACUUCUCCAUUUAAUGAAUUUAAAUUUCCUGCUAAUACUGAAGGAAAAGAUUUGAACUCAAACAUCUUUAGUUCUGAAAGCAAGGAGUCUCCGGACGACAUUGUAGAUCGUGAAUUGGUUAUAUUUCGUCGACCAUCCAGUGUAUCCUCCGGAGAAUCGUUUGUUGACGAUUUACCGGAUGAAUUCUUUGAACACACUGAAGAAGAUAUACGUAAAUUAAUGCGUUCAUAUCGUAAUGAAUGGGCGGAAAAUCAACCUCUUCAAACAUCGACUAUGCGUUCAGAAGCUCGUCAUAAAUCCUAUUCUAAAUACUGUCGAGCUAUUAUUCAAUUUCACUGGGUUGAUAAUCUUAUUGUUCAAGCAUGUUUCCUUCCUACUGAAAAAGUGUCAGCAUUAUACAAAUUUAUUCGUGAUCUGCAAAAUUCUACUUGUGAUUUUAAACUAUAUACUACUCCGCCUAAAUUGUUUCUAUCUGAUACAAAUAUUACAUUGAUUGAAGCUGAUUUAGUACCUUUAUCAAAAGUAUUUUAUCAUCCUACUGACAUAUCAGCUGAUAAUGUUCUGAGAUCAGAUAUAUUAGAUAAAGCCAGUGAAGAGAAUAUUAUUAAAGCUCAGUCAGUUGUUACUUACUGGAUGAAAAAAUCACCAGCCGACAACUCAAUUCAAAACAGUUCGUCUCAAAGGGAUACUGACACUCAGAAAAACUUAAGACGCACUGAUAGACCUGCUUCUAAUUCAUGCAGUGUGCCAAAGUGGCUGAAAUUAAGAUUGUUUAAUUUUUUAGAAAUAUACCUGUAAAUGAUGAAGCGUGUUCAUGGUUCUGGAAUAACCUUCUUUCUAUACUAUACGAGAAUGGAUUAAAACUGUGCCUCCCCCCAUAAUGGUUUAAAAAGUAAAGGAGUCUUCUAUAAGAAUCAUUGAAUGUGUGUGCUACUGAAGUCAACAGAUAUAAGUAGUAUGUACCAUCAAUCCAAAGUGAAUUGCCUGGCAGUAAAAGGUUAAGAAGAUCAAAGAAAAGAGAACGAGAACAAACAAUGAUGUUGAUGUGGAAACAAAUGAACAAUAAAGUCUGAGACGAUUGAUUGACAUUUUGCAAAUGAAGUAAUUGCUGUAUGAAUCUCAGAUAUUACUAACAUGUUCUAUAAUUUUAUGUUCGAAUACAUUCGACUUUUCCCACUUGUAUUCUUGUUCAGUACACUAUUCGCUAUCUGAAAUAGCAGUAGCAAAAUUGUUGUAAUUAUCAACUGAUUUGUACAUUUUUAUUAGACAUAAUGCCAUACAAAUAUGAAGUUGAAUAAAUGCCAUGCCUAUGUA